GAGAAAGCACGCAACCGUCAGUGCAGCAAAAGCAACUGAAUGCGCAUUUUUGUCUACUUACGUCCACCAGGGGACCGGAAAUACAUCUACCAGUAGGACGGACAUCCUUACAACAGUGUUGAGCUGCCUACAUCCACCAGGGGACCGGAAGUACAUCCACCAGUCGGACAUCCAUGAGGAGGACGGUGAAGACAGCUUGGGCACCGAAUAUAAAUCAUUCCUCAUAUAUUAAAGCCGUAUAGAGGCUCUCUCUUAAGGAUGACCAUAGAAAUGACGACCAGGGAAGAAAACGGGCAGGGAGCUUCAAACCCUGAUGAAGACGGAAGAAUGGAGAAUUCCACAAGGGGCGUUAACCGUGUGAGUAACAGUUCAGACCCAGUCGACCAACAGGGAAGACACCCAUCUCCGUGCCAGUCUGAACUGCGGAGGAAACAGAUUCACUCAGCCUAUAUAUUCUUCGCCUUCAUCUCUCUGGGAAUGGUUGUUGCUUUGCACGGACCUACAUUUCUGGAUCUCCUGCUCAUUCUUAAUGUCCACUUGGAGCAAGGAACGCUCCUGUUCACCAGCGGCUCCGUUGGCUAUCUGGGUGGAUCUCUGAUUGGUGGAAUUGUCUAUGACAGAUUUAACAAGGAACUUACGCUGAUGAUCUCUACACUGAUGAUGGGUGUUUUAACAGUUGUCCUGCCCUUCACCCGGUAUCUGCCCGUCAUGGCCGUUGUCAACUGUCUUCGGUCCUGCUUCAUGGGCGGAUUGGAUGCAGGAGGAAACGCCAUUAUGGUUCGAAUUUGGGGCAAAGAUGUGGGACCGUACAUGCAGGCGGUUCAUUUUGCUUUUGGACUUGGUGGGAUUAUCUCCCCUUUCGUCGCUGCACCUUUCUUGUUGAGUAGACCAGAAGAUCCCUCUAACGUAACUGAUACUAGCUCCACGCCUCAUGAAAACUUAACAGACGGUUUCACGCUCUCCAGCAUUCCAACACCAUAUGUUGACAACAGUGGAGACAAUGGCUUUAACUCUUCGUUUAACCUGACAAACUCCACCGGGUUUUCUGAUGCCGUCCAGCAGACGCAAGUACACAUACCAUACAUUAUUAUUGGUCUGCUAGCUGUCUUGUCUUCCAUACCUUUCAUCGAAAUGUUUCGGAGUAAACGAGCCGAGAAGAGAAGACAGUCACUAAACCAAGGAAACGAAGAGAAAGAAAAAGAAAUUCGACAUAUUCCUUUGACCACGUGUUUAAAGGCAACGUUUCUUGUACUUAUGGGAUUUUUCUAUAUCACCUACGCAUGCGUGGAAGAUACAUUCGCGGGGUUUAUCAUGACCUUCGUCGUUGUUCAUUUGAGGUGGAGCAAGACGAAAGGCACUCGGAUCACGUCCGUUUUUUGGAUCUCUUUCUCGGUUGGACGCUUGUUCGCUAUUGUUAUCUCCAAGUACCUAACGCCGUGGAAAAUGUUGGCGGUAGACUUUGUUCUGUUGAUCGUGUCGUUCCUGGCUUUACUUCUCGGCGUUGAGAGUUCCGAGGCCUUCAGUUGGGUGUGCACAGUGGCUGUUGCCAUAGCGAUGGCCAGCAUCUUCCCAUCGGGAAUGACGUGGAUGGACAAAAGCAUUAUGAAAAUUUCGGGCAAAGUGGCGUCCUUCUUGUUGGUUUGCGCCUCAAUCGGAUCUAUGGCAAACCCGCUUCUCGUCGGCUAUUUAUUUGAGAACGACACACCCAUGUGGUUCAUUUAUUUGCUGUUCGCACAUACUCUCGCCUGCUCAGCAAUCUUUGCUGUAACUACUUUGCUUAUCUGGUGGAUCGGUAAACGUUGGAGAAGUCGGAAAUCUAGAGCGGAAAAUGACCAAAGACAGCCGGCUGAACUCGUUCAGGAUGAUGACGCAGAUAAAUCCCUUUGAUUUCGCUGAAAGAUUAUUAUUGAUGCAUGCCAAAGAAUUAGACCCGUUGGUGAAAUGCAGAUGUUUUCAUCUUUCAUGUUACCGUCUUUCGUCAAGUUAAGCUACAUGUUCUAAUCCAACUUUUUAAGGAUUGACUGAGACUUUUUAUAAUGUCACAGGGUUUGAUUGCUAUCGCCGAGGGGUGCUGAUAGCCUCAACCCGCAACUUCAGAAAUUAACACUUCCGCCAUACCGUUUCCAACCGCUUGGACAAAGCAGGGCAAGGUCAUAAUUAUCGGCCUCUCUCCUGCAGUCCGACGGUGCGUUCGUCUCUCAACAUCCUUUGCAAACACUCUAUUUUUUUAUCGCUUGAAACUACGUUUAACAAACGUGUACAUCGUGUAUACGUAGGCAAUGAGCAAACCCUAUUCGUUUCCGGUGUUUUUUGGUAUAUUUUUCAAGGUUUUCAAGGUUAUGUGAGAUAUGUUUUGUGACAGGCUUGUGAACACAAUACCUCUUAAUCUCUCUUAGUAAUUUCCACAUUCCACAGUUCAUCAAACCUUUACCACACGUGUAGCUAGUCAUGUAAAAGACUACUGUUGUUUGUUAUUGGUCUUGACCUCUUUUUUCCAUGGUCCUUUUGAAUGUGUAAAAGAAAAAAGUCUUUGUAAAAGAAAAGUUACCAAAAAUAUAUCACAUGUCGACUUAGGCCUUGUGAAGAACCCUGUUCAGUUUUAGGCAUAUUUGCCUAUGGUUUC